UUUCACUCUCUGGAACUCCAUAUAACCCUUGCCCAACACAAAAUAUGUCUGAGGCCAGACCCAGAGGCCAGAGCUAUACCCCCUGCCUCUCUCUCUCUCUCUCUCUCCAUAAAAACCCCCCAAGCCCCUCCCAAACAACCCAAUUGGAUCCACCUCCCUCUCCUCAUCCAUCUUCAUCUUCAAUCAUCUUCUUCAAUUCUCCACUGAUCAAGUUAUAUUCCUCCUUCUACCCCAACCCCUUAAUUCCAAAUUAAUCCAACGUACACCAACCCAAUCACUACCAUUCGCGGCCAAAUAUGCCCUCAGACACCGGCGACCGCCGACCCACAAAACCCACUACGGCGGGUCCUCCUCCGCCGGAGCAAGAACACCUCCCCUGCCCCCGCUGCGACUCCACCAACACCAAGUUCUGCUACUACAACAACUACAACUUCUCCCAGCCCCGCCAUUUCUGCAAGUCCUGCCGCCGCUACUGGACCCACGGCGGCACCCUCCGCGACAUUCCCGUCGGCGGCGGCACCCGCAAGAACGCCAAGCGCUCCCGCACCGUAUGCGCACCCUCCUCCUCCUCCUCUGCCGCAGCCGCCGCCGCAGCCUCCCUCGACUUCAACCACCCUUCGUUACCCGCCGCUCCCCUUUUUAUAUCCCUCGCCGGCCAAGGGUCGUCGGUGCCGUUCGUGGGCUGCGACGGCAAGCCCAACAAUCUUAACGCCUACGGGAGCUUCACCUCUUUGCUAAAUACUCAGGGGCCCGGCUUCCUGGCCGUGGGCGGGUUUGGGGUCGGGCUUGGGCCCGGGUUUGAGGAUAUGGGCUUUGGUAUGGGCAGGGUGGGUUGGCCGUUUCAGGGAAUUGGAGACGGUGUCGCCGGCAGCUGCGAUGGCGCUGGGCUCGGGGGCGGCGGUGGCGGAGCAAAUCUCAUGGGGAACACGCGGCAGUUCGAGAGUGGGGAAGCUGGGUUUGUUGGCGGUGGGGAUUGUUUUUCUUGGCCGGACCUCGCUAUUUCCACUCUCGGAAAUGUUCUGAAAUGAUACAUAUUGGUUUUCUUUCUCCUAAUUUUUUCCUUUUUGUUACUAAGAGUAGCUUUAAGGUUUUCCCCUUGACGGGAGGAAUGUUAUGAUUACUUAGGUAUGGCAAUUAGGGCGAGCGCUCUCAUCUUUUGACUUCAAUGCAUGCCUCUGUUCGCCGAUGUGUUGCUGACAUGGCACAAUGAACAUUAACGUACCUCUUGUUUCGCUGA